CAGCAAAGGAAGCAAGCUAGCUUCUAAUAGUACUGUAGUAGUGGUAGUACUAGUACACCUUGUUCUUCAAAUGGAAGGGCGGUCCACGGAGCCAAGCGGGCUUCCCGCCGCUGUUUGUGGCGUACAUAGCGGUUCUCGGCGUGUCACUGGGUUACCUGCUGCACCUAUGAGUCUGAUUGGUGUGUUGGGAGAUCGACGAAGAGGCUGGUUGGUUGUACGGCAGCUGAGGCCAAAAAACCUUGCGUCAACUGAUCAGAGAUGAGUCCUUGUCUGAUUGUAUCAGAUGAUCGCCACGUCAUCACUCUGGAUGUCCUUACUCGCUCCCUGCCGAGGGCAGUAAUCACUGGAGGGCAUAAACCUGCUUACUUUUUGGGAAUGAAUAUAUAACUUGGUAAAGGUAUGCUUGCCCUGGAGUCUACCAAUGCUACGUUGGGUUGGUAAAUUGUCAGCUUGGUUCUUAUCAGAAAUGUUCAUGCAUGGAUGCAGUCAAUUAGGACAAAUGGACAAUCAAUCAUUGGGAUGCACUAUAACUUUUGUUGCUACGAACACAAGCUUUGCUUCUUGUCUUGUUUAUAAAGUUUAAACACGUCCAAUCGUCUGUCCUGGCCACUUGCCGGCUAAUGAAGUUCAAUCGCCGGGGAACAAUAAACAUUUGAGCACGCAAACGACAAGCUGGUGGCAACUAAACUAACAGAGUUCCGGCGCGCCGGCGAGCCGGCCGGCGGAGUUUCUCUAGGGCAUAGGCCGGUUGUCACCUGUCAGCCGUUACAAAGCUAGGCUGGAAAUGAUAACAAAAUAAGAACCCAACUCAACAAACUGAAGGCCACUAAUCCUUCCCUGGAGGUCGACCGCCGGACGGUUCCUCUCCUUUCCCUCUCUUUGCUGCUUUCUCUCCCUCACCUCCUCCCUCCGCCGUCGGCGCCGCCAGCGCCGGGUGCCAUGGGUUGCGGUGGCUCCAAGGAGGACGUGGCCACCGGCAACACCACCGCCAACGGCGCCGGGCGCGGCGGCAAGCUCUUCCGGAGGAAGUCCACCAUGUCCGCCAGCCACCGCUCUUCCCACGCCUCCUCCCCCUCCUCGUCCGACGACUCCUCCGUCGUCGUCAAGGAGCCGGCGGCCAGCGAGCCCAAGACCGACGUCGUCGAGGUGGCGUCGGACGAGAAGCCCGCCGCCGUCGUCGAGGAUAAGGAAGAGGAGGUGGUGGUGGCCAAGAAGGAUGUCACCCGCGACGAACUUUCUGCCAUGGUGGACGAGGCGGCGCAACCUCCUUUGAAGGAGGAGGACGAGUUGCUGAAAUCCACCAUGGCCGAUGAGGCGCCGGUGGUGGAGGAGGCUAAGGUUGAUGAGGCGAAGGAAGCAGUAGUAGCACUCGUCAAGGAGGAGACCAUACCCGAGGAGACCAAGGAGGAAGAGACGUCUCCUGCUUCCACAAAUGAGCGUGGUACGACUCGCACUAAUUUGAAUUUAGCAUCUACAAUCGUGAUUUAAGCAAAGUUAACGACUUUUUUUACACUAAGUUAACGACACUUGUGCAACAAGUGAAUGUAUUUUUUGUUUCUCUAGUCGUUUGAUAUUUGUG